AUGUCGACGGAACGCAAAUGGACGCCCAAGGAUGAUGAGGUUGAUGAGGAGGAGGAGGAAGAUAUUCAGCAAUACCAAUCGCAAAAAGAUGCCAUUUUAUUUGCAAUCCACGUCUCCGAGUCCAUGCUCGCCACCCACGAUGACACCGAAGACCCACCCUCCUCACCCAAGGACACCGAAAAGCCCAAAUCCAAGAAGGCCACCCCAAGCUCCGCCGUCCUCACUGCCCUCCAAUGCGCCUACUCCGUCCUUCAAUCCCGCAUCAUUUCCAAUCCCGCCGACAUGAUUGGCAUCCUGCUCUUUGGCACGGCCACCACAAAGUUCACCACCGACAGCGGCUACCAGCACUGCUACCUCCUCCUCGACCUCGACGUCCCCGAUGCCACCGGGAUCCGCGAGCUCAAGAACCUCAUCUCCGACCCCGCAGAGUUUUCGGCGCUCCUCGCGCCGUCGGACGAGCCCGUCUCGAUGGCUAAUGUGCUCUUUGCCGCAAACCAGAUCUUUACGACCAAGGCGGCGAACUUCCAGUCGAGGCGGCUGUUUGUGGUUACGGAUAACGAUGACCCGCAUGCCAAGGACAAGGCGCUGCGGAAUAGCGCCAUCACCCGCGCGCGGGAUCUAUAUGAUCUCGGUGUGAGGAUCGAGCCGUUUUUCAUUGCACAGCCGGGAAAGCCGGGUGGUUUCGAUGCGGCACGGUUUUGGGACGAUGUGGUGUACAGAGCACCAGGAGAGGAUGAGGAUGCGGAGAUGGUGGUGUCUGCGACGGCGGAUGGAACGGUGAGACUGAAGGAGAUGGUCUCUUCUAUACUCUCAAAGUCCACGGCAAAGCGUGCGCUCUUCAACACGAAGAUGGAGAUUGGGCCGGGGUUGCUCAUAGGCGUAAAAGGGUACAUGCUCUAUAAACGGCAGGAGAAGGCACGGUCUCACUAUGUCUUUACCUCUGCAGAACGAGCCCAGCUUGUCACGGGUGUCACUACGAAAGUUGCGGCAGAGACCGCUAGAGUUGUGGAGAAAACCGAGAUACGGAAAGCCUACAAGUUUGGGGGUGAACAGGUGGUAUUUACACAAGAGGAGAUGAAAGCCAUGCGUUACUUUGGGGAACCGGUCAUCCGCAUCCUGGGCUUCAAACCGGCAGCCUCACUGCAGUUUGAGCACAACGUCAAGCCCGCAAAAUUCAUAUACCCAGACGAAUCCACACACGUAGGCUCCACACGGACAUUUGCAGCGCUGCACAAAAAGCUUGCCGACUCCAACAAGAUGGGAAUUGCAUGGUGCAUCACUCGGCGCGGCGGCCCACCCCAAGUGUGCGCCCUCUACCCAUCCAUCGAAGUCGUGAUCGACGGCGUGCAGACACACCCACCGGGCUUCUUCCUCAUCCCCAUCCCCUUUGCCGACGACAUGCGCCAGAACCCAGACGUGCCCAUUGUCAAAGCGCCCGCCCGGCUCAUUGACCGCAUGCGGGCGGUGGUGAAGCAGCUGCACAUGCCAAAGGGCUACAUACCCGAGAAGUACUCCAACCCCGCGCUGCAGUGGCACUACCGCAUCCUGCAGGCGAUCGCGCUGGACGAGGACCUCCCAGAGAAGGCCGCGGACCCGACGCUGCCAAAGUAUAAGCUCAUUGAAAAGUACACAGGGGCGCAGUGCAAGGAGUGGUUCGACGAGCUGCUGGAGGCCACGGCGGGCAUGGCGGUGACCAGUGAGAAGACGGGCACGAAGAGGAGCGUGGUGAAUGUGAGGGAGGGCGGGGGGCCAGCGAAGAGGGUGAAGAGUGAGAAGGCGGGUGCGGGUGGCGGCGACGAGGUGGAGAGUGCGUAUAAGACGAAUACGCUGAAUAAGCUCACGGUGGCGAAACUGAAGGGAUGGCUGGACUCGCAGGGGCUGAUUGCGGUGGGGAAGAAGGCGGAUCUGAUUGAUGCGGUGGAGAACCAUUUUGAGAGCAAGAAGUGA